AAAUGCUGUGUUUCUUCCGGGUGGCGACACCGUCACGCCGAAAUUGUCUGUGCAAGAUGGCAGCAGCUAUGGAUGUAGAUACGCCGAGCGGCACAAACAGUGGAGCAAGCAAGAAGCGAUUUGAAGUGAAGAAGUGGAAUGCUGUGGCACUGUGGGCCUGGGACAUUGUGGUGGAUAACUGUGCUAUCUGUAGGAACCACAUCAUGGACCUCUGUAUAGAGUGUCAGGCUAACCAAGCUUCUGCAACCUCUGAGGAGUGCACAGUUGCCUGGGGUGUCUGCAAUCAUGCUUUCCAUUUCCACUGUAUUUCCCGUUGGCUAAAAACCAGACAGGUGUGCCCUCUAGACAACAGGGAGUGGGAGUUUCAGAAAUAUGGACACUAGCUGUAUUUUCAUCUACUUUGUUCCUGGCUUCCACAAGAAUCACCUGUCCUGCAUCUCUUUCUCCCUCCCGCUUGUAACCAUAAAUGUCCCUUACUCCUACGUCUUUAUUUUGUUAUGUUGUAAGUACACAAAUAAAACUGUUGUGACAAAACAG